AAAAAAACACCCCAAAAAAUAAUUAGAGCAGUAGCCCUCACUCCUUUUUAGGGCAGGAUCCAAUGCCAUCACCACCAUUCCCUCCCCCCUCUCUCUCUCUCUCUCUCCUUUUACCCUUUCCCAUAGUCUCCUCCUCUCUCCUCCAAAUCAAUCAAUAAACUAGCAAAAGUCAGCGCCUCCCUCUUAUCUUCCUCGCUUCGCCUUCCUCCUCCUCCGAGCCCCAAGAAACCACCACCGCCGCCGCCGCCGCCUGGUUGCCGUUCUCCAUGGAGGAGGAGCUGUGGGGGAGCAACAACUGGGAUCUCGACGCCGUCGUCCGCCUCGGCUGCUGCCGGCGGCGGGUGUCGGCGGCGGCGCAGCAGCAGCAGGUGGAUCCGUUUGAGCCGUUCUUGGUGGCGCAGCAGCAGGCGCAGCUGGGGGUGAUGGUGGAGGCUGCGAAGGAGGAGCUCGGGGCGGGUGUGGACGCCGGGUGGAGCUUCCCUGAUCUCGCCGUGAGGGACGGAGGUGGCGGCCUCGGGCGCGACGCCGACGAGCUGCUUAAGGCGUUCUGCGCUGCGUUCCCUUCUCCGUCGUCGUCGCUGCCGACGGCUGCGCCGGCGCCUGCGCCUCCGCCAGAGCAGCCGAAGGAGGAGGAGGAGGAGAAGAAGCGGAAGCCGGUGUUGGUGCAGGAGAAUCAGCCGGUGCAGGCGGCCGCCCCGGCGAGGGCGCCGGCGGCUGUGAGGCAGGUGCCCGGCGGCGUGCCUAGAUCCAAGAGAAGGAAGAACCAGCAGAAGAAGGUGGUGCGUCACGUCCCGGCCGACGGCGUGUCGGCCGACGUGUGGGCGUGGCGGAAGUACGGCCAGAAGCCCAUCAAGGGCUCCCCCUACCCGAGGGGAUACUACCGGUGCAGCAGCUCGAAGGGAUGCCCGGCGAGGAAGCAGGUGGAGCGGAGCCGCUCCGACCCAAACACCUUCAUCCUCACCUACACCGGCGAGCACAACCACUCGGCGCCCACCCACCGCAACUCGCUCGCCGGCACCACCCGCAACAAGCUCCCCUCCACCGCCACCUCCACAUCCACCUCCUCGCCCACGCAGCCUCAGCCGCCGCCGCCGUCGGUGGUGGUCGCCGGGGCCGACGCGGCGCACCACCCGAGCCCGGCCGCGUCCACCUCGCCGGCGGGGCUCUCCCCGACCACGCCGCUCCGCACGCCGUCCAUGGAGGAGGACGAGGAAGAAGACGACGAGCUGCUCGUGGAGGACAUGGAGAUGGCUGGCGAGGACGAGCUCCUCUUCCUCAACGGCGGCGGCGACGACACCGCCGCAUUGGACGGCACCCCCAUGUCCUCCCUCUUCGACAUCGACGACCCCUUCUUGCCCGCCCCAUGGACGGAACCUGCCGCCGCCCCGGCCGCCGCCGGCAGCUAACCACAGAUCGCGGCGCCGUUUCGUAGCUUCUAGCGCAGCUCGCAAUCGCAAGAAAGGGAGGGAAGGGAAGAGGGAGGAAGAGACAGAGCAUCCAA